AAAAGGUUAAUACUUAAUAUACAGAAAGACUGGGGUGGAAGGAAAGUGGAGCAGAGAUGAUAACUCUUUCCCCUUGUUGCAAUUUCCGACCAAUCUGCGCUAACGAGCGCCAAGCGCUGUUUAACCGCAUUGCGCCUGUCUAUGAUAACCUGAAUGAUUUGCUGAGUCUGGGUCAACACCGAAUUUGGAAGCGAAUGGCUGUUUCUUGGUCUGGAGCUAAAAUGGGUCACCGUGUAUUGGAUGUGUGCUGUGGAAGUGGGGAUUUAGCAUUGCUCUUGUCUGAGAAAGUUGGCUCCAAUGGCAAGGUGAUUGGUCUUGAUUUCUCGGAAGAGCAGCUAUCCGUUGCCGCAUCACGACAGAAUUCACGUACGAAGAACUGCUUCACGAAUAUUGAGUGGGUUGAAGGUGACGCUCUUGACUUGCCAUUUGAUGAUGGUUGGUUUGAUGCUAUCACUAUGGGAUAUGGUCUUCGAAAUGUGGUUGAUAAGCGUAAAGCCAUGCAGGAAAUAUUACGUGUCCUUAAAGCUGGCUCUAGAGUGUCUAUCCUCGACUUCAAUAAAAGCAAUGAGUUACUAACUUCUUCAAUCACGGAAUUGUUGAUUGAUAAUAUUGUUGUCCCAGUAGCCUCCGUUUAUGGCCUUUCAGAGGACUACAGAUAUCUCAAGAGUUCAAUAAGAGAAUUUUUAACAGGGAAGGAAUUAGAGGAACUUGCUUUAGAAGUAGGAUUUUCUACUGCCAGACAUUAUGAGAUCAGUGGAGGCCUCAUGGGGUGCUUGGUAGCCAAACGUUAGAUGGGAUUUAUGAAUUAUCUUUGUCUAUAAAUUCUCCACCUCUCCUUCCCAGGCUUGGUCUUGACUUUGUUUAGGUUGUAAAAACCUAAACUCGGUUGUUAGUUCUAUUUGCAAAGAUGAGAUGUUCCAAGGAAACACUUCAGUCAUGUAUUAAUAUUUUUCCGUAACAUCUUUCUGAAAUAAUGGUUCUAUCAUGAUUGUUCAACUGUAACUGUGCUUCAGUAUAUUGUUACGAAAGCCCGUCUGCUCCUAUUGAUUAAGUCUUGUGUAGUUUGUAAUGCUUAAUCAGUUUGUCUCAUUGGACACAUUGAAUUGCAAAAUCUUAAAAGCUCGUACUCUUUCUUGUUUUUUUCGAUC